AUGAGCCAUCCAGGCCGCCCGUCUCCGUCUCUGCCUCCGUUCCCCCCUCCACCUCAAUCUCCACCCACCCCUCCCAGCGUGCGCAGUCUCACAGCCUAUAAAGUCGGCUGGUUCUGUGUGCUUUCGGCCGAGCAGGAGGCGGCCCGGGCACUGCUCGACGAAGAGCACGAGGCCCCGCCCAUGCCCAGGGACGAUAGCUGCUACAUCCUCGGCUCGAUGCUCGGCCACAACAUCGUCGUCGCGAGGCCUACGAGGGAAGGCCGGGUGCCUACGAAUGAAGCCGCCAUCAACAUGCUUCGCACCUUUCCAAUGAUCCGGUUUGCCUUGAUGGUCGGAAUAGCCGGCGGGGCUACGACUGCGCCGGACCUGUGCGGGGAUCCGACAGAUAUUCUGCUGGGAGAUGUCGUUAUGAGUCGGCCUAAGAACAGUCACGGAGGGGUCUGGCUAUACGACAUGGGCACCGAGUCCCCCUCUGGGCUGGAAUCCCAAUCGCACCUCAACAGCUCGUCGUCGAUCUUGAUCAAAGCCAGCAACCUGCUCGAGUCAAACCAUAACCGAAACAAGGGCAAAAUGGGACAGUAUAUCGACGCCGCGCUCGCGAAGCUCGAUCGACGCAUGUAUGCGUUCCCAGGUAGGGAACACGAUCUCCUCUUCGAAGCGCGCUACCAACACGUCGCUGGCACGACGCCCUCGACCAAGAACCUGUGCACCCUCUGCGAUCCAGCCCGGCGAAUAAUAGAUCGAGCAACCAGGGCGGAGCCCGUCGUGCACUACGGCCUCGUUGGGUCGGGGGACCGUGUGAUUCGCAGCGGAGAGUGGCGCGACAAGAUGAGCAGCGGUCCGCACGAGGUGCUGUGCUUUGAGAUGGAGGCCGCGGGCCUGGUCAACAACUUUCCCUCGAUUGCUAUCUGCGGUAUCGCUGAUUACGCCGAUACGCAUAAGAACAAGCGGUGGCAGCCGUACGCUGCGCUGACGGCGGCGGCGUACGCAAAGGAUCUCCUGGCCAUGAUUCCGCCGCAGACUGUACAGCAGAUCGAAGUGGUAGAAUUUAAGAGCGCCAUAGCCAAAAUACAAGCUAGUCUCGACACCACUUGUCGCCUAGAUAUUUUAGAUUGGCUAUGUCCCGUGAAUUUCCAAAUCGAGCGGCGGAACCUGGUCCGCACAGGGCAGUGGCUUCUAGAGUCGGAGGAAUUCAAGCAAUGGGCCGAGGAAGGUGCUCGAUGGCAACUGUGCUGCUACGGCGAAGCUGGUACAGGAAAGACAAGUCUGUGUGCUAUAAUUAUGAAGCAUCUCACAGCGGCCUUCGCGUCUCGCCCGGUCAUCUCUAUCCACCUGAGAGACCAACCAGAAACUCGAGAUCAAGCGACCACCAGAAUUAUCUUGGGGAGCAUGGUUCGGCAACUGCUUCAGUUUGAUUCUGCGCCAAUCCCGCCAGAGCUUACGAACGCUCGCGAGACUGGGAUUGCAGGGAUAGAGAAGAUAGAGUGGCUACUGAAAGGUAUAUUCAAAGAGAUGGUCCAGAGCCACGAGCGCACAUAUAUCCUCUUCGACGGGCUGUGCAAUUGCUCUGCUCAGGCCCGCAGGGAUAUCAAGGAAUACCUUCGACAGCUUACCGACGACGGAUCGGGCGAAGGCGAUUACCGUCGCGACGCGCUCGUCCAUCCACCACCGAGCAAUCUCACCAGAUAUCUUCUGGAUCGACCUGACCUCAAAGACAAAAUUGCGCAGGAGAUAUCGAGAAAGGCCCAGGGAAAGUUUCUGUUCGCAAAGGCAUGGAUCAGCGCUUUGCAUGACUGGUGUUUCAAACGAGUGCAGCACGAUGAGCACGUGCUGGGGUUGCUAGACUACAUGCCGCACGACGCGCUAAAGGAAUAUUGCAAACAGCGCAUGAGAACGAUCAAUGCAAAAAAAGGCAUAGAGGCCCGCAUCGCAUUGGAAACGAUCUCGGUCCUGAUCGCGAUGCGCCGCCCUCCCACCCUCCUGGCGCUGCAGCAGGCGCUGGCCAUGACAAGCGGGUUCGGUCUACUUCACUCCAAUGACACUUCCUACCGGAGAAACAAGAUCGUCCACGCAACAAAUGGGCUACUCAGCAUAGACAAGGGCGAUGAUGAACAUUCGUACGUGCGAUUCGUCCACCCUACACUUACCGUUUUCCUCGGUGAAAACGAGAGGGGCAAAGACCCGCGUUUGACUCAUGCAGACUCCCACAUGGCAUCAAUAUGCCUGGAAUAUUUGCGGGCCAAAAGUUUCCCAGCCCAUUGUCUGGAACCCGAUUCCUAUCCUUUCUUGGCAUAUGUGUUGGAAUUCUGGGGGGACCAUGUUCGUGAGGCGGGGUCAAGGGAUGAUGACGCCGAGGUAGUAAAGGAAGCACGACAAUUUUUGAAGAAUCCAGACUCUGUUGCGCAACUCGUUGAGGCGACUACUCGGCUUGUGCGCCACGGCGGAAACAUCUCACCGAACUUUAUCCGUCAAGGCGCCACCGUGCUUCAUAUCUGUGCCUGGUUCGGGCUGGCGGAGAUGCUGCAGAGACUGUGCGCCAAAGACGAGGAUAUCAAUGCCCUGGAUGAUGAAAACAUGUCGCCGCUGGACUACGCUUGUAUCAAAGGCCGCAGAGACGUUGUGGCCCGGAUCUUGAGCUUCCCCAACGCCCACCUCCAAGACCUAGCACUGGCCAGAGCGAUUUAUGGGAUCCCGCGCACGCUGGCGUGCAAUGAAGCGAGCCGGCUGGAGAUUGUGAAGCAAUUGCUGGCUACGCGCAAGCUGAAUAUCAACGCUAGAAGUGGCCCGAAGCAAAGGACGCCGCUUAUUAUUGCGGUGAGACGCGGGCAUGCUGCGAUAGUGACCGACCUGUUGACCCGGAAGGCAGUUGAGGUGGAUGCUCGCGAUGCCGACAAUCACACAGCAUUGUGGCACGCAGUAGAUGGUUGUUCUCCCGCUGCUUCCCCAGCGGGCAGCGGUCUGUCCGUCGAUACCAGCAAUGGGCGUGAACCGCUUGUCCGAUUGUUAUUGGAACACGGAGCGGAUCCCAACGUCAAGGAUUCCUCGGGGGGAACGAUCCUAGCGCUAGCCAUCACCAUGGGUGUGCCGGCCACCGUUGCAACCUUACUUCGAUGUGAUGCACUGAAGCCACAGGCGAACAAGAGCCUCGUUCACCUUGCCGCCGCAAGUGGCCGCCCAGAGGUGGUUCGUCUUGUAUACUCGGCUAUACAGGAUAAGACAAACGCCGCACCUAAUCUAAAUGCCCUGGACGCGAGUGGGCUGACGCCUCUCCACUAUGUUAGCCUUUUACAGAGCGAACAUGCCGCCGAAAUUGCAACGACUCUGCUUGAUCUUGGCGCAGACGCCAGUGCAACCGACGGCAGGGGAUGCACCCCGUAUACCACCGCGUACCUUUUACAGCGAACGGAAGCUAUGCGUGUUCUCGGGAAGCGAGCCGGAAUAGCUCAACAGGAAGAGAAGUCUACGAAAGAUUUGCCCGUCUGCACUCUCGCGGACACGGGGGACUGGGCCUCGGUAAGACAGUUAGUUGCGACGAACAGACCAGACGUCACAUAUAGAGAUAUUCGCACCGGCGCGACGCUUCUGCACAUUGCGGCGCACGAAGACCAGAUGGAGAUUGUGCGUGCGCUGCUGGCGAACCGCAAGUAUCGUAAGCGACUGGUCUCCCAGGUUGACCAUCGUGGCCGCACACCGCUACACCUUGUGCAGAGUGUCGAGGUCGCUACGCUCUUGGUCGAGCACGGGUGCAGUGCUCUCGCCACGGACUACGAUGGUGACAAGACGGCUUGGGCUGCUGCGUGUGAGGCAUCUAGGCACCCAGAGCUCAGAUUGUAUCUCGAAGAGGUUGAGAAAUCACACCGUCACCGGCUUCCUGCUGUGGUGGGCGUUCACAAGAGCGGUUAUUGGUGGUUUGGUGGAACCUUGGCUAGGGGGUUGUCUGGAAUAGGACGUUUGAAGAGUAUUAUCUUGUCCUUUUUAGCUAGGCGUUGGUUUCCUGGCCAUGAUGUACCUUAUGGCCUCUUAGUAGCCACGCCACCCUCGCGGUAUUGA